CUCCUCUUCAUUCUACUCACAGCUUCCAUGUUUAAUUUCAACCAAACUCUAGCAAAAGAGAGAAACCAUAACCCAAUGGUCCUUGGUAUGGCUCAGUAUUCUAGGAAUUCCCUUCCUCCAAUACCACGAGCCUCUAGGAUUAGGAAUUCAUCAAAGAAACCUUCUGAAAUUUUAGACAUGAUGGAACCAUUGAGGGAGAUUACAAAUGGGUAUUUAAUCUCUCUUAAUUUGGGGUCACCUCCACAAGUCAUUCAAGUAUACAUGGAUACUGGGAGUGACCUCACUUGGGUUCCUUGUGGGAAUGUAUCUUUUGAUUGUAUUGAGUGUGAUGAAUAUAGGAACAAUAAGUUGACUAUUGCAGCUUUCUCUCCAUCUUUUUCUUCUUCAUCUUCUAGGGACCUUUGUGGUAGCUCCUUUUGCAAUGACAUCCAUAGCUCUGAUAGUGACUAUGACACAUGUACUAUGGCUGGAUGCUCAUUGGCUACCCUUCUCAAAUCCACAUGUCCUAGACCAUGCCCUUUAUUUGCUUAUACCUAUGGGGCUGGUCGGGUUGUCACUGGGGCACUAACUAGGGAUACACUUAUGGUUCAUGGAAAUAGCCCUAGUGCCACUAGGGAAAUUCCAAAGUUUUGUUUUGGGUGUGUUGGGUCCACAUAUAAAGAACCCAUUGGUAUUGCAGGGUUUGGUAGAGGUACACUUUCUUUGCCUUCACAACUAGGGUUCCUAAAAAUAGGCUUCUCUCAUUGCUUUUUGUCCUUCAAGUUUGCAAAUAACCCAAAUAUAUCCAGCCCAUUGGUUGUAGGAGAUGUUGCUAUAUCUUCUAAAGACAAUUUGCAAUUCACACCAAUGUUGAGGAGUCCCAUUUAUCCCAAUCUCUACUGUAUUGGUCUAGAGGCCAUAACCAUUGGCAAUGUUGUCAGUGCAAUCAAAGUGCCCUUAAACUUAAGGGAGUUUGAUUCACGAGGUAAUGGGGCUAUGAUGAUGGAUUCGGGAACCACUUAUACUCACCUUCCUGAGCCAUUGUAUUCACAAAUUCUUUCAUCUCUCCAGUCAGCCAUAACCUAUCCUAGAGCCAAGGAUGUAGAGAUGAGAUCAGGAUUUGAUCUUUGUUAUAAAGUCCCAUGCAAAAAUAAUAAUACCUUUAUCGAUGAUCUUCCUCUAAUAACUUUCCAUUUCCUAAACAAUGUGAGCCUUACUUUGCCUCAAGGAAAUCACUUCUAUGCCAUGGGAGCCCCUAGUGAGUCCACGGUGGUGAAGUGCCUAUUGUUCCAAAGCAUGGAUAACGAGGAUGAUAAUAUUUACGGCCCAGCUGGAGUAUUUGGGAGCUUCCAACAGCAAAAUGUAGAGGUUGUGUAUGACUUGGAGCAUGAGAGAGUUGGCUUUCAACCCAGGGACUGUGCUGUAGCAGCGGCUGCUCAAGGACUGCACAACAUGUAG